GGCCGAUUCAUUCGCGGUCUCAGUCAGUUUUCGAGGUGGUGCUUUCGCGGUUGGUCGUGCUUUGAUUGAAUGUAGAUUACUAGGGAUUUAAUCGAAGCUUAAAAAAAAUAUUGGGAGUGAGAUAAAUGUGGUGAAAAGUGCUGAUAUCAAGUAAGGGUUGUGAUAUACAGUAGCCGCUGGAAUAGAAAAGGCAAAUCAAAUUUGCUACGUUGGUGCUGCAAUUGUGCGUGAUUUGUUGCGAUAAAGUGAAAAUAAGAGUGCUAAGCAGUUAUUAUAUUUAUAAAUAUAGAACUCCCGCAACCUACAUAAAGCUAAAAAAGAGUAUUUUCCAACUGUUAGCCUAGAAAUGGAUGGUGAUAGUGCUCAAUCAUUCUGCGAGUUCAAACAACAAGUGGCAGCCGUACCCCAGUAUGGAUUAAAGCUGAAGUUUAAUCACGUCUAUCCGGAAACCAGGAAUCAAAACCUGAAGCCCUCGUUUCGUCAAAUAUGGCCUAUACUUCCAAUGGCACUAAGGUACAUUCCGUACUACUGGAAAGUAUCACGGGAGGGACGCCAGGUGCUGAUGGACUACUGGUACACCGAGAACGGAAAGCAGAUCUAUGGAGCCCCACUGGGGGGUAUUGGCGCCGGUACGAUUGGACGAGGUUUUGCCGGCGAAUUCUGUCGCUUCCAACUCAGACCGGGUCUGUACGAGUACAACACAGUGCACGCGAAUCAAUUCAUCGUCACCAUUAAGGACGAGAACAACGUGACGAUAUUUCAGAGCUUACUUUCGUCGUACAGUCGCCCCAAAACUCCACUGGCCAGCUGGGAAAGCCACAUCAACCCCUCCAAGUGCAACUACACAGCCCUGUACCCGCGGGCUUGGUCCGAGUACGAUCUUAGCGAGCACGGCAUCCGGCUGGUGCAGCGCCAAAUCUCGCCGAUAAUUCCCCAUGACUACAAGGAAAGCUCUCUGCCGGCGGCCGUUUUUGUGUGGACCGUUGAAAACAUCUGUGGCAAGGAUCGACAGGUUACGAUAACAUUCACGUUCAAGAAUGGCACCGGCAAUCGGAAGCUUGAUGCCGAGGGUAACUGCGAAACGGAGUCCUUCAGCCACGGGUCCGCUAAGGGCGUCAGUAUUAAACAGUCAAUUGCCGAUAUGAAGUGCACCUAUUGUGUGAGCUGUAAAACUUCGUCGGAAAUCAACAUGACGUGGUGCGAGAAGUUCGACCCGGCUGGGAACGGGGAGAAACUGUGGAACGAUUUAAAGGAAAACGGGAGCCUAACGGAAAAAUCGGAUGACGAAACUUUGAAAGGCAAAGACGUCGCUGUUGCAGUUAGUGCACAAAUUCUGGUGCAUUCUGAAAGCAGCUCCGAGUUGGAAUUUGCUGUAGUCUGGGAUAUGCCAAAGAUUCAUUUCACCAAAAAGAUGAAGGAGCAUUUUAAAUAUUACACCAAAUAUUUCGGUACCAGCGGCGAUGCUGGUCCGGUUAUUUCCGACUACGCCCUGAAAAACUACGCAAAGUGGGAAACACUGAUCAACGAAUGGCAGCGGCCUAUUCUAGAAGAUAGUGACCUGCCCGCUUGGUACAAAAGUGCUAUAUUUAAUGAACUGUACUACAUCGCUGAUGGCGGCAGCGUCUGGUUGACUGUGGACGAUCCCGAGAUAUCAUAUGACGACCCUAGACUAGCAUACGGACGGUUUGCAUAUUUAGAAGGUCACGAGUAUCGAAUGUACAAUACAUACGAUGUUCAUUUCUAUGCGUCGCACGCGCUGGCGAGUCUGUGGCCAAAUUUACAAGUCAGUUUACAGUAUGAUUAUAAGGACACAAUCUAUCGGGAGAUAACUGAGGGACGAAAACAUCUGUACGACGGUAAGGUGAUCCCGAGGAAAGUAAAGAAUUCGGUUCCACAUGAUUUGGGCGAUCCAGGCGAGGAACCGUUCGAGCUGAUUAACGCCUACCCGAUCCAUGACGUUUCCGAGUGGAAAGAUCUGAACACCAAGUUCAUUCUGCAGGUGUACCGUGAUUACCACACGCUCAAUCAGUACGCCCAGUUGAAUGCGGAGAACGCAAGUAAAUUCAGUUCCAUUGAGUUCAUCGACAAGGAGAGUAUGAGUGAGAUGUAUAUACAGGAUAACCGAAACAAAAUAUCACCGGAUGGAAAGGACCAGAACCGCAAGUCGGCUUCGAUGUACAUCAACGAAACUAACGGAAAGGUUUAUCUGAUGGAUGCAAUGACUUAUCUGAAGAGUAUGUAUCCAGCUUGUAAAUUGGUGCUAGAGAAGACCCUCGAGUGGGACAAAGAUAAUGACGGGCUAAUUGAGAAUAGUCGUACUCCGGAUCAAACCUACGACACGUGGGUUAUGGAAGGGCCGAGCGCAUACUGUGGGGGAUUGUGGCUAGCAAGCUUGCACUGUAUGUCAGUGAUGGCAAACAUACUGGAUCAAUCAGAGGAUUGUAUAAAAUACCGUCAACUGUUGGAAAAGGGCAAAGCUUCAUUUGAAGAGAAGCUGUGGAAUGGAUCGUACUACAAAUUUGAUGCACAGAGUACUUCGAAAAACUCGAUCAUGUCGGAUCAGCUUUGUGGCCAUUGGUACUUGCGAUGCUGCGGCUUCGAUUAUGAAAUUGUACCGAAGGAAAAUGUUCGAAUUGCACUGAAAACAAUCUACGAUAAUAAUGUGAUGCGAUUUUGCGGCGGAACUAGCGGUGCGGUCAAUGGAUACGUGCCGAGUAAUCAACCGAACAAGGAUGGUAGAGUGGACAUUUCUACGGUCCAAGGGGAGGAAGUGUGGACCGGAGUAACGUACGCUCUAGCAUCGACCAUGAUCCACGAGGGGAUGUUCACCGAGGCGUUCCAAACCGCCGGAGGUCUGUAUCAAACGCUUUCUGAAAAAAUUGGCAUGAAUUUCGAAACUCCGGAAGCUCUGUACGCGGAGAGGCAUUAUCGUGCUAUCGGAUACAUGAGACCACUCAGCAUUUGGUCCAUGCAAACUGCGUGGAAACAGAAGAAACAGAAUAGAGACUAAUUCGAAGGCAGUCCGAUUCGUUCAUGAACAAGUAUUUUCAAACAGAGUUUCUCGUAGUUGAGCCUAGUAUAAGUAGAAUGUUUUUACGGAAAAGAGCUAAGCUUGCCAUACGCAAACGGAUGGUUUUGGUGUAGAUAAAGACAACAUUCAAAUGCUGUCAAAUGGUGAUGAUAGAUCCUCUUUAUUCCCAUUUAUCUCCGCUGCUGACCGAACGUCGUGCUUAUAAUGCGGUAUUAGUUCAUAUUUAAACAAAAUAACGCCUAUCAUGGAAGGUAAUCACAAAUGAAACUGUGACAAUUGCUUAGAAAAGUAUAAAUUGAAAUCUAAACUCUAAUCGCAAAGCGGAAGAUACCUGUAUUCGUGUUUGUAUGUGUGUAUAGUUAGGGGUAAAUAUUAGUGAAAGCACACGUGUAUGUGAAUGAUUAUAAAGGACUAUACGGGAUGAUUUGCGCGGUUGUGCAGGUGUAUUUGUGCGUGUCUGUGUGUGCCGUUUACCCGUUUUCCUCACAAAUGUUUCAAUGAAUCCAACUCAAUGUACAAACAGCAAGCAGCAAUCGAUGCACUUUAACACGCAUAAGCCAAAUCCAUCAUCCAAACAUUGGCUAUAAAUUUAUUUCUAACAAGACUUCUAAGAUUUAUUCUAGUUUGUUCCAUUUUUUUCACUACUUGUAUUUUUUCAGCUCCUAAUUAUUUCUCUCCUAGACUCGUACACAUUACCUAAAAGCUCUUCCAUCGUGUACCCCAAUAAACUUUCGAAAUUUCGAUCUGGAAGACAAACGUAAGAGAAUCAAAAAUCCAUUAAAUUAAACUGUUGAUAAUAGGGUAGAGUAGGACAUAUCCUAUUUUGAUUGAUUUAUAUGUUCCACUGUCAAGAAGCUGUAUUUAACAAAAAUUACAAUACGUGUUAUGUUAUAAAGGACCAACUUAAUUUUAGAACCGAUAAUAAUCGUUAGUAUUCCGUGCUUAAUAUGACCUCUAUCUCUAGUUAUUCUCGUAAUGUAAACUAAUAUUCAUUUUAAACAUAUAUUGAAAGUGUUAACAUGCUGUCAAGAGCAAAUAUACAAGAAAGAGUGAUGACCAAAGUAGACCCCUUCCUCUCAACGCUCCUCUUGACAAACCAAUUAAAACGUUAUCACGUGUGAAAUCACAAAUUUUUUGACAAAGUCAACCAUAUAUGCAUUUAAAUAUUAUAUUUGUAGUACUCUAUAUAGGCCCACUGGUUUUGAAGUUUACAGAAACUCUAAAAAUAUAAAUUUGGGACAACCAUGCUAUCGGAACUCAGAACACUAUAGCAGAGUGGAAUCAAAAAAUUGACUUUGACAAAAAAAAUACAAAACCGACAAAGGAAUAGAGAUGAAUGAACCUUUUAAUUAGUCGCAAGCACAAAUAGCUAACCAUGCAUAUAGAUUUGAUCAGAACAACUAUCUAAAACUUCGUUUGAAGUGCGCAAGGUUAGCCGAUUAGCCAAUUAGACCUAAUGUGAAACCACGUGCUGCAGCUGCUGCAAUAUUCAGCGUUUAUAAAACGUAUAUUUUUAUAAUCAUUGUUCUAAAUCCAAAGUAUGCUCAGGCACACAACCAGAUGUGUAGAUAGGUUUAUUGCAUCACGCAUGGUGUCUUCUCCAUGGCCUAAUUCAUGUACAAUGCUGAAGCUGGAAGCUAAGCUUACCAACUCUUGCUAAUAUACGCUACUGAGCGCUAUUUAUUCGUAUUCAAUUUAGUGUUAAAACCCCGAUGCAAUAAAUGGCCCUUACGACGUUAUGUUCUAAAUGUGACUAGUGAAAAAAAAGAUCAAUAUUUAAGAUAAUAAUAUGCUAUCAUGUGGUAGAUCCUGCGUUA